GAGCCCGUGAAUGCGGCAGGACCACGCUGUUCCUCCCAGCUCAAAGAUGGCAGCCGUGGGACAGAGAUGAGCGACGACACAAAUUUAAGAGUUUGGUCAUGAAACACACAUUGGGCUGUGCAGCUGUUACAUACAUGGUUAUGACAUGACAGUGAUAUUAUUUGCUACCGCCAAUUUGUCGUGUCACUUAGACAAUUGAAGGAUUGAGGAAUAUCAUGUUUUUCUGUCGGCUAAGCUAGCAAGCAAAGGUUAGCAGGUAAAUGCACUUGUCUCUUUUGACACAUAAGAGGAAAGCAGCUGCUCUGCAAACAGUGUACUGACAUCAAGCAAGCUCAAUUUCAUCAUGGCCAUCACUCAGUUCCGUCUUUUCAAGAUCUGCACAUGUCUAGCCAAUUUGCUUUCUUUCUUUAAAAGGUUGAUAUGCAGGAGUGGGAGGGGCCGCAAGCUCAGUGGUGAUCAAAUAACUCUCCCAACAACGGUGGAUUUUUCAUCAUCGGUACCAAAACAGUCUGCACAGCCAGAGAUUGAAGAAUGGAGCUCUUGGGAUGAAGAAGCUCCUACUAGUAUUAAGAUUGAGGGUGGCAACGGAAACGUUUCCCCUGCGCCCAACAAUGAUGAUGAAGAGCCGGACUACUUCAAAGACAUGACUCCAACCAUCAGGAAAACACAGAAGAUAGUGCUGAAGAAAAGGGAGCCCUUGAACUACUUGGUGCCUGAUGGCUCAGCAGGUUUCUCCAGCAGACUGGCAGCCUCUCAGGAUAUGAUGACCUUCAGCGCUCCCUCAGCUGAGCUGGGAGAAAUGGACAACUGGCAAGAGGACACAAACGCCUGGGAAGAUGAGUCUGAUGCUGCCUGGGAGGCAGAGGAGGUGCUCAGACAACAGAAGAUGGCUGAGAGAGAAAAGCGAUCCAUGGAGCAGCAGAGGAAGAAGAUGGAGAAAGACGCUCAGAGGAUGAUGAAGAAGGAGCAAAAGAUUGCCGUCAAGCUCUCGUAACAUUUUAGAAAUGCUCAGUUUUGAGCCGGAGGGAUGAGGGGGGGAAAGACACUGAAUCAAUCAUUAGUCUAUCUUUAAAGUCUUCAAACCAACCAGGAUUAUCACCCUACACUACUUAUCUGUUAGCAAACUGUCCUCCUUCUCCACCCUGUUUCCACCAGCAGCCAUUUUAGUCUGUUUUCCAGCUGCGGCAGUGUAAAAUGCAUCAUUCUUGAGGGCAGAUACCACACCUGGUGUUCUCACUGUUCAUGUGGCAAGGUCAUUUUGGUCUUCGAGAGAGUAGCAUUUCUACAAUCCAGUUUAUCUUAGGUUAGACUAAAAGUGAGAUACACUAUUAGACAGCACCAUUUAGAUUCUGAUUCAUUCUGUUAGGUAGCACAGGGAAAUAUUCUAUUUCAGUUUUCCCUGGUACCUGUACUACCUUUUGAAACUCAAACAGGGAGUACAAUUCCUUCUCUUUGUCUUAUUUAUAACCUCAAAGGACAAAGGAGUGUAAUUAAUUUAAAGCAUCACUGUUUACCAGUGACAUCCCUUGGUUUGCUUGAUUAUUGUGUUUUUAUAUUUAUGUCUUUCAUUGUCUGGAACCUGCUUUUUUUCUAAUGAAUGUUGCUUGAUAGUUCACGUCAUCUCCUUGUGCUGUGCAGCCCUUUUACACUGGAAAUCUGCAUUAAAAUGAAAUAUGGAUAAAUGGCCCAAAGGACCAUAGACUAGAAUCUAGCCCAACUGUAACUGCUAGCUGUGGGUUCCUAUGGUAAUCUCAUAGCUACCGAUCUGUCAGUCAUUCUCCUCCUUUGUCAGCAUUGAUAUUGAGGAAAAAUAUCCAGUGAUCACUACAGUGAUUUUUUUUUUUUUUUUUAAGGGGGAGGGAAUGUUUCUUUGCUCUUAAAUAGUUGAUACAGUCACUGCUUGGACGCCAUCUUUAUAAAACAUGCAUCUCCAUCGCAGUGUAAUCUCAGACCAGUUAUCUUAGCUGAUAAGAAGAUAAAAACAAAUUUUUGCUUCCUUUUGCAUCAGAAAAUGUGAGGAUAAUUGUUUAAGUCAAUGGCUUUGAUUGAGCAUCCUGUUAUGCAUUAUUGUAAUGAAAUAACCGGUCAGUGUUGGAAAAUUUGGUACUAAUGUCAGUUGGCAAGCUGUUGUCAUGGUAACAUUGGCAGGUGGAGAAAGCUUUUAUCAUCUGAAAUAUGCAGACAUGAUGCAGUAUAUCUGUGGUCUGUGGAUGUCUUUGGACUUGAGAUAAACGGCUUGAAGGGAGGUUGAGGUAAGCAAAUUUCUGUAGUGAAUGUUACCAUUAGAAAAGCUUUGCAAGCAAUGUUAUGCUUUAAAGGAAAUGCUGAGUUUGAUGUUAUCUAUCAAAUGAUUUAUUGAUGCUCAGUUGAUUAUUCUGUCAAAUGAUAAAGUGACAGUGCAUGAUCAGGUUUAAAUGAAAACAGGUGCUUAUCUUAAGGGAAUUCAGCAAACUGUCUCUGAGGAUUUGUGUUUUCUUUGGAAAUGCUCUUCACCCAACUUCUUUCAUUGAGAAAGGCCGCAUGUCGUUAUUUUAUGUCAUUAAAGUUUGUUUUCAUUUUGCACAUUUGAUUUAUCCAAAAAUGAA